GACCUCAUUCUCUCGUAUUUCCUUGAGAAGAGCUUUCGUAGUUUAGAAGAUGCGUGUGUCCGUGCUGGCAAGCCUGGUGCUGGUGGUGUCCCUGGUGGCACUCUUCGCCCCACAGUGCCAGGCUCAAGGGUGGGAGGCUGUGGCAGCGGCCGUCGCCAGCAAGAUCGUGGGGUUGUGGAGGAACGAAAAAACUGAACUUCUCGGCCACGAGUGCAAGUUCACCGUCAAGCCUUAUUUGAAGAGAUUCCAGGUGUACUACAAGGGGAGGAUGUGGUGCCCAGGCUGGACGGCCAUCAGAGGAGAAGCCAGCACACGCAGUCAGUCCGGGGUAGCUGGAAAGACAGCCAAAGACUUCGUUCGGAAAGCUUUCCAGAAAGGUCUCAUCUCUCAACAGGAGGCCAACCAGUGGCUCAGCUCAUAGGCCUUUUGCUCUAUGAAGAAUUGUCAGUGUUCAGCCGCAGUUGGCAAUGGAAGCUCUACCAUUUUGAUCUCUUGUGUUCUUCCCUUCCACACAGAACCGAAGUGUGGAGGAAUUCAUUAUACUGUUAAUUUUUUGCUUAUGCGAAACUACUGUACACAAAAGAAUAUAACAGAAACUUGUGAUAAUCUGUCUUAGAAAAAGCUGUAGACUCUUGUUAUAAACGGACAGUAAAUUUUUUGAAAUGUGACUAAUAUUAGUAAACUUGACAACCUUUUUUUAAA